UGGAGCUACUGCGAAGAGAUACCAUGAUCUUCACUUUCACAGCCAUGCUCUGUCUGGAUGAGAUAUGAAAAGGGGACUGACUAUGGGACUCAGGUCUCCAGUGCUGGCAGGAGACCCCUACAGAAAACCUAGAUUGUCAGUCCUGGAUAGCCCUGUUGUGAACUCAGGAGACAAUGUGACUCUUCAAUGUAUCUCAUGGCAGAGAUACGAUGGGUUUAUUCUGACCAAGGAAGGAGAGCCCAAGUUCUCCAGAACCCUGGACUCACAGUAUGUUUUUACUGGGCAUUUACAAGCCAUGUUUUCUGUGGGUCCUAUGACCCCCAGCAACAGAGGGACAUUCAGAUGUUAUGGCUACUACAAAAAAAAAAAAAUCCACAGAAGUGCUCCAUGCCCAGUGACCCCCUGGAAAUACACGUGUCAGGAGCAUCCGAGUCUAUCAGCUCAUUGGAAACCAAGACCGGUAACGGGAGUUCUCUAUUAAGGGCUGGAUGCAGAGAAUCAAGUCCUUCUUAUCCAGCAGAGCCAGGUUCACAUGGUGGAUAACAUCAUUCGGAUGUCUAUGGUUGGCUUGGUCCUCCUGGUUUUCGGGAUUCUGCAGUUAAAGGACUGCUACAGCCAGAGACGGAGCUGAUGUGCAUCUGGGUCAUGAACAGAAGAGACAGCAGUGUGCCUUUCUUGUGAUAGAUUCUCAGAAAUACGUCUGAGGAGUCAAAGCAUUUCUGUAGGAAAAUCUGGGGCUUAUGUUGGAAACUGCUUUCAGUAUUGUUCAGGGAGAAAGUGUGUUUUGGGUUCAGCAAGUAGUCUUUGUCUUAGGGUACAGAAUGUUCCUCCACCAGAUUAGGACUCUUUCUCUUCUCACCUUGCUGUGGGUGUUUGUUGAAUGAUGCCUCCCCUCUUCUUACCACAUGACACCAGCGGAUACCCUGUUCUGAUGUCUGGGUGGGUCCUUGCCUUCAUAUAGCUUCUACUUUCUCUCACUUUAAUGUAGUGUAUUCCUUUAUUAUAAACUAACACAUUUCCCACUGCUCUUUGAGAUUUUGUCCUUUCUACAGAAAGAAAGGUGUUUGGCUCAGUAACAAUAACUAUGAGCAUACAUCAGAUUCCAGAAAGAAAAAUAACUGAACAAAAAUGAGGUCCUGAAAUUGUCCCUGGGACGUUUCACCACGUGUUCAUCGUGUGGAUUCUCCUAAAAUGUAAAUACUUGUCGGUCAUCAGCAUGCUUGGUAUUUGAAGGCGGUCCUGUGGGACAACUGUUGACAUGACUUUGUAAUAUCAUUUCCUAAAAGAGUUCUGAUGUGUGACACUUGUUGAUUGCUGUACAUAAUAUAAUCUUUUCAUGGCCUGCUUCACAACAUACAUGUAAAACCAUGUA